CUCAGAGCUCGGGGCAGGCAGGCGGGGCCAGGCCAGCAAGGAGUAAGAGCCUCCUGCCGCCUCUGAGCCACUGCACUGCUGCUGCUGCUGCUGCUGACUACAGACGCAGACCUCACCAUGAAGCUUGCCCUCCUGCCCUGGGUCCUGCUGCUGCUGGCGACAGUCCCUAGCUCCGGGCCCAGGCCCACAGCAGGUGCCCAGGAUAGCUGUUCCUUGCGCUGUGGGAACCAGAAUGGGCCCUGCUCCUGCCACCCAACCUGCUCAGGCCUUGGCACCUGCUGCUUGGACUUCCAGAAUUUCUGCCUGGAGGUUUCACCAUCCUCAGGCUCCAUGAUGGGUGGCAAGGACUUUGUGGUGCAGCAUCUCAAGUGGUUCAGCUCCACAGAUGGUGUGAUCUGCAGGUUUAAGGAGAGCAUCCAGACCCUUGGUCAUGUGGACUCCUUGGGGCAAGUCCACUGUAUAUCACCCUUGCUCUAUGAGAGUGGUCGCAUCCCCUUCAACAUCUCCAUGGACAAUGGUCGCUCCUUCCCUUAUGCAGGCACCUGGCUGGCUGUGCACCCCUACAAAGUGUCAGAGACAGAGAAGAGCCAGCUGGUGAAUGAGACCCGCUGGCAAUACUACGGCACCCCAGGCACCACAGGUAACCUCAGUCUCACUUGGAACACCUCAAGACUGCCCACGCAGGCUGUCACCAUUGAGCUGUGGGGCUACGAAGAGACAGGGAAGCCAUACUCAGAGAAUUGGACAGCAGAGUGGUCAUAUCUGUAUACCCUGGCCACAAACGUUCCCAACUCUGGCUUCUUCACUUUCACUCCAAAACCUGCAUCUCCUGACUAUCAGAGAUGGAAAGUGGGUGCUCUACGGAUCGUUGACAGCAAAAACUAUCCAGGAAAAAAGGAUGUGUUGGCACUCUGGACCAAUGAUCAUGCUCUGGCCUGGCACCUGGGUGACAACUUCCGAGAGGAUUCUGUGGCUUGGGCUCGUGCACAGUGUCUGGCCUGGGAGGCACUGGAGGACCAGCUGCCCAACUUCCUGAAGGAGUUGCCCGACUGCCCCUGCACCCUGGCCCAAGCCCGAGCUGACUCUGGCCGCUAUUUUACAGACUACGGCUGUGACAUUGAGCACGGCAGCGUUUGCACCUACCACCCUGGGGCCGUGCACUGUGUACGCUCUGUACAAGCCAGUCCCCACUAUGCCUCAGGUCAGCAGUGCUGCUACACGGCAGCUGGCACACAGCUCCUAACAGCGGACUCCACCAGUGGCAGCACCCCGGACCGUGGCCACGACUGGGGCUCACCCCCCUACCGCACACCACCCCGUGUGCCCAGCAUGUCUCACUGGCUCUAUGAUGUCAUCAGCUUCUAUUAUUGCUGCCUCUGGGCUCCCGAGUGCUCCCGCUACAUGCGGCGGCGGCCCUCCAGCGACUGCCGCAAUUACCGGCCCCCACACCUGGCCUCUGUCUUCGGGGAUCCUCACUUUGUCACCUUUGAUGGCACCAACCUCACAUUCAAUGGGCGUGGCGAGUAUGUGCUGUUAGAGGCAGUGCUGACAGACCUGAAGGUGCAAGCACGGGCUCAGCCAGGGAUGAUGACCAAUGGCUCACAGGCCCGAGGCACAGGGCUGACUGCAGUGGCUGUCCAGGAGGGCAACUCAGAUGUGGUAGAGGUGCGGCUGGCCCAAAGGUCUGGGGUCCUAGAGGUGCUGCUGAAUCAGGAGGUGCUCAGUUUUGCUGAACAGAGCUGGAUGGACCUGAAGGGCUUGUUCCUGUCAGUGGCUGCUGAGGACAAGGUAUCCAUCAUGUUGUCAUCAGGGGCCGGCCUGGAGGUCAGCAUACAGGGCCCUUUCCUGAGUGUGGCCAUCCUGCUACCUGAUAAGUUUCUGACCUACACCCGUGGCCUUCUUGGGACACUUAAUAAUGACCCCACCGAUGACUUCACCCUACGCAGUGGACGGGUCCUGCCCCUGAAUGCCAGUGCUCAGGAGCUGUUCCAGUUUGGGGCUGACUGGGCAGUACACAACACCUCUUCUCUGUUCACGUAUGACUCCUGGUUUUUGAUUAACAACUUCGUGUACCAACCUAAGCAUGACCCCACUUUUGAGCCCCUCUUCCCAGACAAGUCCACUCUCAGCCCAAGCCAGGCAGAAGAGGCAGCCAAACUGUGUGGAAAUGACCAUUUCUGCAAAUUCGAUGUGGCAGCCACCGGGAGCCUGAGUGUGGGAAAUGCCACACUGGUUGCCCACCAACUGCACCAGCAGCGAAUGCAGAGCCUACAGCCUGUGAUAUCCUGUGGCUGGCUGGCUCCCCCUGCCAAUGGGCACAAGGAGGGACUCAGGUACUUGGUGGGCUCCACUGUGCACUUCCAUUGCAACAGGGGCUUCAGCUUGGCUGGGGCAGAGACCAGCACCUGCCAGGCUGACGGCACCUGGUCCACACCCACUCCAGAGUGCCAGUUAGGACGGAGCUACACGGUACUGCUGAGCAUCAUCUUUGGAGGGCUGGCUGUGGUGCUACUGGUUUCUAUCAUCUAUGUGCUGCUACGAAGGAAGGGCAACAUGUGAGACCCCACCCAGGAACAUGUGGAGCUUGCAGCCCUGAGACUGGAGCAUGGUUGGCCAGCAGCAGAGGAUCACCUCAGGGCCAAGACCCAGCCUCCCAGGUGAAGGCCCUGGACUCCCAAUAACAUAACCAUCAGUCCUAUGAUUCUCAAAUCCUUAGGUGUGGAUACAUGAUAACUGGGCCUUUAACACCUGUGGACUCAAGACCAUAUACCUAGUCUGUCAUCUCAGAUGGAGGCAGAAUACCUAAUGUUAGGAAUUCCAAAUCCCUGACAUCAACCUCUUGUUCUGUUUCCCUACUACUCACAGUUCUAAUUCCUAAUACCUGAGACCUCAUUUCCUGUGUCCCAAGCUAGUGCUAGUGCUUGUGUCCCAAGCCCUAAUAUUUCUGCAUCAGAAACUCAGAUUUUAAUACCUCACUCUGCAUAGCCUGACACCGGUGGCAUGACCCCUGGUAGACUGAGAUCUCCUGCUCCUCCCCCAUGGGGCCUCAGUGCCAAGCGGUCUUGGUGCCUAGACCAUGGACCCAGCCUGAAACCUCAGGUGGACUCAACGGCAAGAGAACUCAGGGCCCCCUAGGUAGAGAGGAAGUCCCCCAGUAGGAAAGAGACCUCCCUCUGCACUCAGACUUAUAUCUCUACCUAUUCUAGGAUGUUGCUUGGGAAUACCCCCUGCCCCUACCUGUACAAGGAGAAAACAAACCUUCUUUAUUCCUUUCCUUCUGUCCUGGUGCUUAUGUUGUAGCUUGAUUCUGGAGAGUUCCAUGGUCACCCUGUGAAGUCACUACCUACAGUAUCAAGGUCUAAGUCCUGUCUGCUUCAUUGACUCCCAGGGAGACUCAAUUUCCUUAAAACUUCUACUUUGGGGCUGGGGAUAUGGCUCAAGCAGUAGCACACUCGCCUGGCAUGCUUGCGGCCCGGGUUCGAUCCUCAGCACCACAUACAAACAAAGGUGUUGUUUGUAUAAAAUGGGAUCCAGAAUAGUGACCACCCCUUGUGGGGUAGGAAAUGAAGGGCCAUGUCACAUUGGUUACUCAGGACAUGGGAAGGGGCAGAUCCAGCCUGGCCAUGCCCAUGCUCUCCCAGCCCAGGUUCCUGUCCCUUCACUCUCACUUAGUGUUCUCUGAGAAGAAAUGUAUGCCCUGCAGCAAGCUGGUCCCUAAUUAUGACCCUGGCACUGCCCUGCAAGAGGCUGCUUCUUGGCCGGGCAGUAAUUAGUAGGGCCAUGCCUAAGUCCUCGAGUGAGUGAGAUUCAUUUUCCUUCACCCAGGAAUGUCCAGAAGCUAGACACAGACAUGACACUGCUGCCCACCUGAGCAGCUCCUUACCUGCCCUCUGAGACUAUGAGUGGCCGAACACCAUGGAAGCACAAACUAGGAGCCAGCUGGAGGAAAAGUAGAGCCCAAAGUCUCUUUUGUGGAUAGAUUUCUGAAUAAAGGUUAGGCAUCUUGAUCUUAGGUGGUGAAAGUAUAGGGGAGGAUGGGGCUGAGGAUGCCCACAGGUGACCUACUGUGGGUGGUAAGAGAGUGGAGGCUUCAGUAUAGCCUGCAGUUCUAGGAGUGGCCACAUAGAGGCAGCAGAGGGUAGGACCAAUGAAUGUUUUGGGGGAAGGAACUGUGCCCUGUCCCAGAUGGCUGGGGAUGGCAAUCUCCUCCACAACCUGCUGCAAGCAGGUUUGGUGACAGAGUUCAGGACUCCCUCUCACUGAGCCUUGCACUUAGUAAAGGGUCCAGGACAGAAAUAGAAGAGCUGAGAGGCAGGGACAGUUCCCAAAUCUGGAGGGCUUCCUGGAAGACAAGCAUGAUGGAGCUUAUAUAAGGAAACAGCUGACAGGAAUUAGAAGGAUGAAGGGUCAUCCAAGAAAUUAGAGGAAUAAUGAGGUCAGUGUCCUUUCUUCCCAGAUCCCUCCUCGCCUUGUCCUUAGACUCCUCUGAACUUGUAACUCGGGGCAGGGUGGUGCUUCCUGCCACUUGGCCAUUGAGCUGGUACUUUCCUCUCUGCAGAUGAGGUAAAGUCUCAUUUCCCAUUGCCUGAGUCCCCAGUGCAUCCCUGUGCCAAACCAGGCCAGGUUAGCCACCUCAGUCAAUAAAAGAUUGGUUUCCUGGUCAAGGCCUGAACUUGUAGGUACAGGCACCCAAGGAGCCCAGAAGGGCUGGGGCAACUUCAUGGCUCAGUAAGUCUAGCAGAGGGUGUCCCAUUCAGGGUAAAAGACAGGUUAUAUUCCAUCCAUGGUGACACACACCUGUAGUCCUAGCUACUCAGGAGACUGAGGCAGGAGAAUUACUUGAAUCCAGGAGUUUGGGGCCAGACUGGCAACAUGGUCAGGCCUUCUCUUUUAUUU